AUGGCUACUAUUUUUGAUAUUUUAAAUACCCUUAAUAAUAAUAAUAACAAUAAAAAUUAUUUUGAAAGUUGUAAAAGACAACGCACAAAUAAUAAAACAAACAAAACCAUUAUUGAUAUACUACCACCAAUGGAUGUAACUAUGACAAAUGAUAAAUUAAUCAUUGAAACAGAGUUAGCAGGCAUUUCAAAAGAUGAUAUUGAAAUUAGUAUUAAUGAUUCGAUACUCACAAUUCAAGGUGAAAAGAAAAAGAAUUUAAAUAAACAAUUAAUUAUUGAAAAAUCAUCAUCAUCACCAUCAUUAUUAGAUACCAAAGAAGAUGAAGCAUCAAUUGAAGAGUUUGAUGAAGAUGAUAUUAAACCAAAAUCAACAGAAACUACUAGUACCUUAUCCAACUCUAAAGAGAAUAAAAAAGAUGAAAACAAAUCAAAAUCAACUGAAAAAAAGUUUAUUUCAGAAAGAUCAUUUGGUAAUUUUAAGAGAUAUUUAGAUUUAACUAAAUUUUUAUAUCAAUUAGAUUUAAAUUCAAUCAAUACUCAAUUUGAAAAUGGUUUAUUAACAAUUACAAUCAAUAAGAAAUUACAUUAUUCAAAUACAAUUAAAAUUAAUAUAAAUUAG